UUUCCUUUCCAGCCAACUGCCACAGUUAAUGUUUUGGGUAUUGAGGAAGCCGGUCUCCAUAUUGUGCUCAAGAAAAUCAUUAAAAACGAUAAGGAACGUUUGACAGCAAAUGCCGAAGCGACAACUUUCGGCAGUCUGCUGAUACAAGAACUCAACGAAGACACACUCAAGGCCUGGUUAAAUAUAAAUCGUGCCUGUUUCAUUUUGCUAAAUAUUUUCGAAAACAAUUCCACCGAUGUACAAAAACAAAUGAAAACCUUGCUGAAACCCCACAUGGCUGCAUUGAAAAAACAAAAAUUCAAUGGUGCCCAGUUGCUAUGGAAAAAAUUGAAUUAA